AUAGCCUCUUUUAUUGGCUCUAACUAAAGUAACAAGAAAGCCCCAUGUAUCCGCUCAUUGUUUUUGUGUGCGCUUUGAGCUUGCUCAUACUUUCAUCAGAUACGUUAUACGCAACAAGAGCUCAAAGAUCGUCAAUGGCUUCCAUUGGAGUGAACCUAACUUUUACAGACAAUCAUGUAGUAGUGAGUAAUGGCUUUGUACGGAUGAUUUUUUCGAAUCCCGAAGGUCAUAUAACAAGCAUACAAUACAACGGAAUGGAAAACCUGCUGGAAGUAAUCAAUGAUGAAUCAAGUCGAGGGUAUUGGGACCUUGUUUGGAGUCCACCCGGAACUCCUGGAACAACUGGGACUUUUGAAAGGAUCGUUGGAACAAGCUGCCAGGUUAUAGUUGAAACCGAAGAACAAGUGGAACUUUCAUUCUCGACAACAUGGAAUUCUUCGCUAGAAGGAAAGCACGUCCCGUUGAAGAUAGACAAAAGGUUUGUGUUGCUUCGUGGUUCUUCGGGUUUCUACUCGUAUGCAAUUUAUGAACAUUUGGAGGGAUGGCCUGGUUUCAAUCUUGCUGAAACCAGGAUAGUGUUUAAGCUUAGGAAUGACAAGUUUCACUAUAUGGCGAUGUCCGACUACAGGCGAAGGUAUAUGCCUUCGCCUAAUGAUCGGUCACCUAAUAGAGGUAAACCAUUGGCUUAUCCUGAAGCAGUACUUCUCGUUAAUCCGGUGGAACCCGAGUUCAAAGGAGAGGUAGACGAUAAAUAUCAAUAUUCGUGUGAAACAGAGGACUUAAAGAUCCAUGGAUGGAUAUCCACCGAUCCACCGGUUGGAUUUUGGCAAAUUACACCAAGUAAUGAGUUUCGAACAGGCGGGCCCACGAAACAAGACCUUACUUCCCAUGUCGGACCGACAAAUCUAGCUAUGUUUGUUAGCACACAUUAUGCGGGAAGCGAUUUAGUUAUCAAGUUUAAAAACAGAGAGAAAUGGAAGAAAGUUUUCGGCCCGGUUUUUAUGUAUCUAAGUUCGACAGGAGAAGAACCUCUUACACUUUGGAAUGAUGCCAAAAAUCAGAUGCUAGAAGAAGUUGGAAAAUGGCCUUACAGCUUUCCAGCCUCGAGCGAUUUCCAUAAAGCUCACGAACGGGGUAGGAUAAGUGGUAGAUUAUUCGUGUAUGAUAGGUUCAUUACAGAUGAAAAAACUCCUGCAACCAGUGCAUCUAUCGGACUAGCUCCGCCAGGAGACCCGGGAUCAUGGCAACGCGAAAACAAGGGCUAUCAGUUUUGGACUAAAACAGAUGUUGAAGGUAGGUUUUCAAUCAAAAACGUGGUGGCUGGCACAUAUAAUGUAUAUGCAUGGGUCCAUGGAUUCAUUGGUGACUUCAAAAACGAUAGCACCAUCACCAUCACACAAGGUUGUGACAUCGACGUUGGGGAUCUUGUUUUUGAGCCCCCGAGAGAUGGUCCAACGUUAUGGGAGAUCGGGGUACCUGAUCGCUCGGCAGCUGAAUUUUACAUUCCUGAUUCGGACAGGAUGUAUACUAACAUGUUUCUAGCCAACGAUCAUAACAGGUUUAGACAAUACGGGUUGUGGGAGAGAUAUGCAAAGCUAUAUCCUGAUGGUGAUUUGGUAUUCACGAUUGGUCAAAGUGACUACAAAAAAGACUGGUUCUUCGCACAUGUAAACAGGAAGAGAUAUGACAUUAUGUACGAAAAAACGACAUGGACUAUCAAGUUCAAGUUACAUGACGUGAACAAGAAUGGAACUUAUAAACUGAGAUUGGCUCUAGCAUCAGCACAGCUAUCAGACCUUCAGGUUCGAGCUAAUGAUCCAAACACUGAUUCACCACUAUUUUCGACGGGAACAAUUGGGGGUGACAACGCAGUUGCACGACAUGGAAUACAUGGACUGUACUGGUUAUUCAACGUGGAUAUACCUGGAAAGUUUUUAAACUUGGACGGAGAAAACGCGAUUUAUUUGACAAAAAUAAAUGAAGGAAUUAUAUUUCCUGGAGGAAUAAUGUAUGACUACAUUCGUUUAGAAGGACCACCUCCUUGUUGUUCUUGAUUUCAGUGCACCUUCAGAUCUAUGAUACCGAGAAUGAUUGUAAUCUGCAUGGCCAACCUCAAAGCAGAAACUAGUUUCAUUAUAUAUAUAUUCAUGAAUAAAAACCCAAUUUGUGGCAA